AAAUGUUUUGCCAACGUACUCGCAAUGGUUCCCAUGGUUUCCUUUGCUCCCAGCGGUUGCGCGGGCUUGGUUUUUGGAGCAAAGACAACAGAUACUGCUGAGGCUCCUGAGAAUGUGCCGUUUUCGAAGCUGCAGUAGCUCCAGUGUCCUGUUCUGUAGUGCCGAGAGGGAGGCCUCGGGCUCCGGGGAGGAUGUGUUGCAGUUCGUCCAAGAGCCCCAAGGCCAGCAAAGCCUCCCAUUCCCCGCUGGGGAGCAGCUCUCGCUGGAACGCUUGCUCUCUGACUGGGGAAUGGAAUGGGCUCAGUCAAGGCUCCCAAAACCAGCCCUGCUGCUCCCACUUGUGGUCCCAUUCUCAAGAGCGGCUCUCUGCGCCGCGGGGCAUGACUUUCGCUUCUGCCUCCUCGUGCGCCUAUUGCGGCAACUACUCACGCUCCUGCGGGACGAGGACAGGGAGGUGAGCCCGUGGCAGAGCUCUGCUGAACAUAUGCAAGUAGAGAAUGAAGAGCCAAAGAAAUGUACUACUUCAGUUUCUACAUCAGAAGGUGUACACCUGACCUGGAGGAGGACCAUGGGCAAGACCUUAUCCCAUUUCUGUGCACAGAGUUUCCUGGUUCACGUGAUAUGUGAGGAUGCUUUACUCCAGAUUGCCAGCCAGUGUUUUUUUCCUGCGUUGCUGAGAGUCUGGGUUUAUUCAUCACACCAGGUACCCAAUGGAACCCUCGUCCUAAGCAAAAAUAGCCACAAAUCAUGGCCUGAUGUAACAGAUUUAUGUGAGCAGCGACCCUAGAACCAGACUGGAUAUCUGAAUCAUGGCUUCACUCACCACCUGCUAGCUGGCUAAUCUGGGAAAGAGAGAGAGUGAUUGUUAUCCUCCGGGAGCAUGUAAUGAAGAUAGAGCAUCUUCUUGUGAAAACAAUACAUGUACCACGUUUCUAUGUGAAGAAGCUAAGAACCAGAUAGAUUCAUCCAGUGUCCCAGGACACACAGUGAGUCAUGCUUCGGAUCUGUGCUCCUAGCUGAUGCCUCCCAUUACUGGUAGUCCUUUCCUGCUCCCUACAAUGUACAUUUCUUCAUUUCUUUUUCAAUUUUCUUAUUAUCUAUUUUUCUUCUUCUUCCUCUCUCUUUUUCACUAGGGAUAGAAUGCAAGGAUCUCACUUAGCCCAGUGGAUGGCAGUCAAUUAAUGGGGCAAGUGGCUUAGUCCUGCCAUACUGGUUCCCUGCAUGCUGCCAAGUGCAAGGGCCUUUCCAUGCUCAGAAUCACCAUGAAGACCAGAGCUCUCUCUCUUGGUAGGCUACAGACUCAACGGGUCUGAAUCUUUAUAUAUGCUGCCAAAAAACCCUCAAAUAACCAAUAUUUGUAAAUAGAUACAGAAAGUUUUUAAAAGAACAUUUAAAAAUAAUAAAAAUUUUAAAAAUAUUUUUAAAAAACAAAAUAAAGUAUAUACCAUCACUUAACAGCACACACACAAUCUCUAGAAAAAUUAAGGAUUCAUGAGUUGUCCACCCUCAGAAAACGUCUCCAUGCCCUUCCUCGUGACAGACUCUCUAGCAUUUUCCUUUCUUUCAUUUUCAUUUUAUUUCUUAUUUUAUUAUUUAUUUUAGAGAAAAGGG